AUGGGGAUCGAAAUUGAUAUCUUUAAAAGCGAACCAGAUGCCAUUUGUCAAUCAGCUUAUUGGUACGAUGAUAAAAUCAAAAUUGUACUAAACAAGGCUGAUAAGGUAAAGAGAGUUUAUUUGGGAUCAUUUUGGAAUGGAUCAGGACUACAAAACCCAGAUACAGAGAAAUUAUUACAUGCAGAAAUGGUAGAUUUAAUUAAAGAAUUGUUAAUGUUGCCAAAGAAUGCAGCAAUUAGAAAAGUUAAUGAUUUGGUAAAACGUGCACGAACCACAAAAGUUCAUGCACUGAUUGUAUCACAUCUUUGUAAUGAAAUGCCUCCUGAUGAACAAGACUUGCAAUAA